AUGCAUUGUGUGCCGAUGCCUCUUAGUAUACUGUCCGCUACUCCCCGCUACUAUCCACUAUACAGCCCAGCAUCAGGAACACUGUGUACAUCCUGCCGUGUGACCGUUCCUGUUUACUCCCCCCGCCGUCUCUGUCGACAAAGGCUUCGACUUCCAAAUCCAGUACCGGAACGCACGUCAGGCUGUGACACUCGGAUACCGACAGCGCGGCCUGCAGUUUCUCUUCAGUUCACCCCGCCGCUCGAACCGCUGGCCGUCCGCUCCGCUGCGGGCACACCCCUCGAGUCCGAGUCCUGCGCCAUGGUUGUCAAUACACCGGUCUCGGCAUCGGCACUUUCAGGAGGAGUCAAGCGGCCUCUGUCGACUAUGCAAGAUGGUUGUACUGGCUGGUCCAGCCCUGCGGUUAGUGAAGACGAUAAGACGUUACAAAUGGGGGCUUCGCUCCGUACAACUCCGAGCCUUCCAUUCGAACAUUAUGCCUUGAUCUACUACGACAACAUGGGGAAAAUCGAAGUUGUAGAGUCCACAUCGAUCCGGGAGCAGAACUGCUCUGUCAUCACACCCGACGUUCGUGAAAGGUUCCGCGAGAUAUUAGGACCGAGGAUAGGAUAUCACAAGCCAAUACUACGUCGUGCAUCUGCGGUUCCUCACGCAUAUAACCAUGCCCAUGAUAUGGCAUCGCCCCGCCUCGUCAAACGCCGCAAAGCUUCAGCCCACGAUCACGUUCCUCAAAUGGCUCGCGGAGAGCGCUUCCCCGAGCCUACUCCACAGAUACCCUCAUCCUCUGGCUACAGCAUGGUCCCACUGCGAAUCGGCGAUAGUAAGAAGGUCACAGAAUAUUAUGAGAAUGCGUUCGAGAACUUGCAGCAAACCAAUUGCCGCUUCAUAUCAAAGGCGUUCAUCAAGGAAGUUGAGCCCAAGAAACAAGUGAAUCACCCAUACAAAGGAAACAAGCAAAAAGGAAAGAAGGUCCCAGAAGAGGAAUGCGACCCGGAAAAGACGAAACCGAGUUGGUGGCCAGCCACAGUCCAGCACAAGGAACCCGACCAUCUUAAGAAAGAGAAGCGUAUUUGCCUUUUAAUACAUAUGGUGCGCCAAUUUCCAGCAGACAGGCUGCAACUCGUCGCACAAGACUGUAAAAGGAGUCUUAAGCCUGAAAACCUGAUAGAAGAAAGAUGGGAAAUAAUUGCAGAGAUUUUCAAAGUAAGGAGGUUGGAAGAGCGUUUCGAGCGGGGCGAAGUUGAUGCGAGUCACGUAGUGUACAUUCGCAAUUGUGAUAAGGACAAGAAUUCGAAAGACAAUGAGUCGGUGGUCAGCGAUACAGAACCUAAAUUUGAGGCCGAGGACUUCGACAAUGUGGAAGAAGACCCUUUCACGACAGCGUCAGAGAACCUGCCUUCAUUUGCAUCAGUCGAUCCGCUAGCCCUACAACAGCCACGCAACUUCGGAAUGAGCACCGACCCGUUUCCCUUGAAUGAGUCUCUGAACUUUCAAGACCCGUCAAGACAGGCUCGUCCGUACUAUACUACUUCUGCCGAGUAUGCCGAAGAUUAUUCAUCGCAGUCCGUGUUGAGACCUGCAGCCACUAGUCUUGUCGGCCCCGAUGAGCAUACCGAGGCCUUUGAUUAUAUGAGCCAUGCUCCAUUCACAACUUCUGCUGCGCCUGAACAACAUCGUCCUCUCACAAUGCAGCAGGUCAACCACUAUGACACUUGGAGUUCGCCUUUCCGCCCCAACCUAUACAACUCGCUGGAUUACGGGACCUCACCGACCCUCACCCAGAACCCAAUGCACUACCCAAUGGCAUUGGCCACCUCCCAAGCCGAUCUAUCUCACGGGCUUCCGGACUUGAGCCGUGACCGGCCACCAUCCUGGGUCCCGCUUAACAAGUCCUUCUAGGCCAAUGGCAGCACAAUUUUCGAUAAGUUCAGACUAGCGAGUUAAUCUGGCUUAUCAAACGACUUUAUGAAUUAUGCAAUAUCAAUGAAUUACCUCUUUUUGGUCAAUUUCAGCGAGCAGCUUUUCGCCUAGGAUUUCGUGAACCGACAGAUGCUCUUGGCACUGCAUCUUUGAUCUAUUCUUUCUUGGACAUUUUGGAUUUUCUUUCAGAGUAUAUAUACGAUUUUAUCCUAUUCCC